UUAACCCUCAUAAGGACAUGUUGGAAAACGGACUUUCCUGGUAACCUGGGGUCCAACCGGACCACAGAAAUAAAACAACGUAUAACUAACAACUGGAGUAAAUGAACGAAUGAAAAUAUGUAUAUGAUUUGGUAUAAUGUGUUGUUUAUGCUAUGCAAAAUGGAUAAGACGCCCAAUGCACACAGCUGUCUCCUAGCAAGUGAAGGCACCACUGUAUUCUGGACGCUGUAGUUUAUUCUAGGAACAUGUCAUCAAGGCACAUGAGAUAUCAUUGGAAAGCCCAAAGCCUCUUUCAUGUGGUAUACUGACUGUGUUCCUACCAUUUUUGAGUUACAGGCAUUUGAACAUACCUACAGAUUUGCUGCACGUUACAGCACUGGAGCACUGAAUGAGGGGGUGGUAGAAAGUACGCAUAUGGGCAUGUCUGACAUCAAUGGAGUGUGACAAGCCUGCACUUUUAAAUGACGUUGAAACCGGAACGCUAUCUGUUGAAGCGACCAAGUAAUAGGCAACAAACAAAACUUAGGAGCUGACUCAUGUCACAUGACUCAAGCCUUAGGUUCGGUUUGCUGUAGUUUUGCUUAGGAACGUGUGUUCUGGACAUAAGAUACAUCAUUGGAAAGCUCCAAAUCUGUACUUUCAAACAAGCCAGGAAGCUAGCUAUUACACUGCCCCAGAUAUUCACGUAAGAAGGUUGGGCCCACUGAUACACUAAGCCUGGGGUCCAAUACAGACCCGAAACCUAAAACAAUUUGGGAAAUUCGACAAGGCUACCUGGACUAGAAUUAUCCUUUGCAUAGUGUAACAGGAUGGGUGUCUGACAACUACCUAAAAGUAAACACAAGUCACUAGUUCCACACAAUAACCGAUACUAAAGCACCGUUGGGUCCGAAUGGACCCCAGAUUACCUUAUGAGGAUUAAGAAAAGCUGUUAGGAAAAAAAAAAAACAUUUCUGUUGGUAUGUAUUUUCUUGAAAUGUAAGAAAAGUUAAACAAGCCUGCUGUGUCAUUUUACUUCAUUUUAAAGUAAAAAGAAAAUUAAUAGAAUUUUAUUUGUUUGAAAUCCCAGAAAACUAGCAACACUUAGCUACCGUUAUUUAAUAUUAAUGUGUGGAAUUGUCACAGAUACAUAUCUAAGGUAAGUAUUCAGUAAUAACAUUUGCCUAUACUUUGCUUAUAGGUUCUUAACACACAGAUUUGCCACCUGGACCACCCAAAGGAGCACACAAGAUCAUACCCAGGGGUGUGGAUAUAGGUCCCACAAUGGAGUACAACUACAAUGAUUCUGAAGAGUUUGACUACAACAGUUUAUCAGAAUAUGUUCCAUGUAUUAAGGACAACAUUGGGUCUACCUUUCUCCCAACAGUUUACUCAUUGCUGUUUGUGACAGGACUUAUGGGGAAUACACUUGUUUUCUGGGUAUUGAUCAAAUGUGUAAAACUAAGGAGCAUGACUGAUGUUUCUCUUCUGAAUUUGGCAGUUUCCGAUUUGUUGUUUGUUUUCUCACUUCCAUUCCUGGCAUGUUAUGCAAAAGAUCAGUGGAUUUUUGGGGGCGUGAUGUGUAAAAUAAUCCUAGGGUGUUACAGUAUUGGCUUUUACAGUGGUAUCUUUUUUGUAACCCUGAUGAGCAUCGACAGGUAUCUAGCAAUAGUCCAUGCAGUGUAUGCACUAAGAACUAGAACAGUGAAGUAUGGUACCAUUGCAAGCAUUGUGGUUUGGCUAGUAUCCUUGUUGGUUUCAUUUCCAGAGAUAAUAUACAAUCAAAAGAUCGAUGACAAUAUAAGCACAUGCAGACCUAAGUAUCCAGAUUCCAACAUAAAACCCCUGACAGCAGUUCAUAUUUUUAAAAUGAAUGUACUGGGUCUGCUGAUCCCAUUAGGCAUCAUUGUUUUCUGUUAUUCGUGUAUCAUAAAAAGAUUACUGAGCUGCAGAUCCGUCAAAAAGCAAACCAUUAAACUUGUUUUUUUAGUAGUCGUAGUAUUUUUCUUUUUCUGGACUCCAUAUAAUAUUGUUUCCUUUUUGCAUGCUUUACGUGUCUUUCAUGUAUUUGAUGAUUGUGAAACAGAUAAGAGACUUGACUUAAGCCUUCAGGUCACAGAGUCAAUAGCCUAUGUCCACAGUUGUUUGAACCCAUUUAUCUAUGUGUUUGCUGGAGAAAAGUUUAAGAAGCACCUCUCCAGAUUGCUACUCAGAUUUAUAGACUGUAAGGCAUUAAGAGAUUUGGAACCAACCACUAGUUCAGUGUACUCAAGAUCAACCAGCAUAGUUCAGCAUUCCUCCAGCAAAUACAAUUGAAUUUUCCUUGUAUGCUAUAUGUAUCUGAUUUUGUGAAGAAAAAAAAGUGAUUUAAAAUGCUUCAGUGAUUUUACAUAUGAAUAUAUCAUUUUCUGUGUAAUUUUGUUAUUACAUACUAGAUGAAAGUCACUUAAAUCCAGGAGUCAAUUAAGCAUUAACUGUCCACUUGUUAAAAAGAGUUGUAUUUUUUCUCAAAUAUAAAUUAAGGCUCGACACUUGCAGACAGCUAAAAGAAAAAAUGGUUUGGUGUUCAUGUAGGUUGUAAUUAAUAAUAGACAUGUAAACAAUGUAAUAUUCUGAAAAUUGUACAAUGGCUAUAACUGUACCAUAUACACUUACUGUUUUUGGAGGUAAUAAAUUGUACUGAACUUAUUGCUGAUUGAAAAUAUAAAUUCAGUGUAAUUCCGUGCAUCUAACCUGUUCAUUUUAAU